AUGGAUACCAAGUUUGGCGCAUACGGUCUCCCUAACGGAAGCUUCCAAUCACUGGGUCUCGAAACGUGUGUGACUCCAGCAAGACAAGACGCUUGCUCCAGCCACUUGUUGCCCGUCGUAUUGUUCUCAGGUGCACUCGCCACGUCUCGACAUCUGUACAAUGCCAUGCUCCAGAAUAUCGCGUCUGCUGGUUAUUUGGUACUCUCUAUCGACCACCCCUACGAUGCCGACAUGGUUGAGUUCCCCGAUGGUACCAUAGUGACCGGCGUCGAGAUUGACAGCGACGCGGACAUUGAGCUUGCCCUUAGCACACGAGUCGCGGACAUUGAGUUCGUCUCUAACCAGAUUUACAACGUCUCGGCUUCGAAAGAUCUAUUUCCAACAGGUUUGCGCCGUGAAAGGGUAUCCAAAAUGGCCGUUGUUGGACAUUCCUUGGGUGGUGCAGCAGCAGCUACUGCAAUGAUGAAUAUGCCUUCUCUCAGAGGUGGAGUCAAUCUUGACGGCUCCAUGUUUGGUUCUGUGUUAACAACCGGCUUCGACGGUCUCUUCAUGCUCAUGGGCCACGAAAACAAGACACAAGAGACUGAUCCAUCCUGGAAGACUCUCUGGCCACACCUCGUUGGUUGGAAGAAGGAGUUCGAAGUCAAGAACGCUGCGCACUACAGCUUCUCAGACCUUCCCUUGGUCAUAACCGCGUUGGGUCUAGAUGGGAAAUUGCCAGCGGAGGUUGGAGAGCUUCUGGGUAAUAUCGAGGGUCGCAGAAUGACAACCCUUGUAACCGAAUAUGUUGCUACCUUCUUGGAUAUGACGUUGAAAAAAGGAAAAGAGGGCGCAUUCUCCAAAGUUGGUGAUCAAUUUCCAGAGGUGUCAGAAGUGGCUUGA